GUCAUUUUUCUCAUUUGUGUCAAAAGUGCUAAACAUGGCGGCGGACGGUGACGAAGUGAUUAGUGAUCAGGAAAAAGUUAGAAUCGUUUCAGAUUUUAUCCUCCAUUCGCCGCCCGGUGAAUUCAAUGAGGUGUUUAACGAUGUGAGGGUGCUAUUGAAUAACGAUAGCCUACUGAAGGAGGGCGCGAGCGGGGCGUUCUCUCAGUACAACAAGGACCAGCUCACGCCCGUGCGGCUGGAGGAGGCGGAGCUGCACACUCUAGUGACCGAUCACAACGAGCUAAGCGGAGGACGGUUCUUCGACCCGCGGAAUAAGCGCUCGUUCAAAUAUGAUCACCUGCGUAAGGAGGCUUCCGAGUACGAGCCCUACGAGCCAGAUCGCGUCGCGGAGCCGUGGCGCGCGGCGCUGGACGAAGAGCUGACAGCGUACGUGGCGGCACACUACAAGCACGGCGCUAGCCUUGUGGUGGGGCGCGCGCUUGAGUCAGGUGCCGUGUCGCUCGUCGCCUGCAUCGAGGACCACCAGUUCCAGCCCAAGAACUACUGGAACGGCCGCUGGCGCUCGGUGUGGUCGCUGACCGUGGGUGGAGGCGCCGCCGAGCUGCGCGGCGUGCUGCGCGUGCAGGUGCACUACUACGAGGACGGAAACGUCCAGUUAGUCAGCUCGAAAGAGGUCCGCGCGCCCAUAGUCGCGAAUAGUGAGACUGCGACCGCUAAGGAGUUCGUGAAACUGGUCGGCGAGGCCGAGAACGCGUAUCAGACCGCGAUAUCCGACAACUACAAGACUAUGAGCGACACUACAUUCAAGGCGCUGCGGCGACAGCUGCCCGUGACGCGCAGCAAGAUAGACUGGGCGCGGCUCGUGUCGUAUUCCAUUGGCAAGGAGCUAAAGAGCCAAUGAUGUCUCGCCGCUGCGCUCUGAGCCGCAGCGGGCGCUCCGCGUCUCUGUACAUAUUCGCGUAAGAGUAAAUCUUGUUCAAAUGUUUACGGGCUCCGGUUCUCCGGUGCGUAUUUAUCUAUGAUUAUAUAGAGAAAUCGCUAUCGUAACUGUUAAAUUUUAUUGCAUUUUGUUACUGAAAGCAAGGUAUCACUGACAGUUUCGAGUGACUGGUUGUGGUCUUAUAGCGUCUUAAUUUGGUAAUUGUUGCAAGAAUAUUAAAAGGCUUGUGGUACUAGGAUGAUUUAAAUGUCAGUAUUUACACUAAAGACCUGUAGAGAUUGUACUGACAUAAACAUAUAAAUAACAAGGUCAGACUGUCACUUAGUAUAUGUGUCGUUUCAUGACCAAAAGUUAAAUUUCAUUGGUUGUUUAUAACGCUAUGCGCAUAAAAAUACAAUUAGAAAUCACCCUUAUUAUCAACAAAUGAAGUAAUCACUUUUAGUCAGAAAUGUAACAGGUAUUACCUGUCUUUAAAUUAAUCAUGACUCAUAAGGUGGGUCAGCAAUUAAUCUUGAAAUGUAUUUGCUUAUGUUUAUGAUUUACUUUUAAUGAUUGCUUUAACGCUUCAGAUUAUUUUUGUAAACAAUCAAAAAGGCCCAGCCAUACAAAUGAAUAAUCCAAAAUUUGCCACUGCAAUUUGCACCUUUACUGGAAGAAAGAGUUGAGUUUGCUUUGUAUAAAAAUUGAAUGACGCAGAACAAAUGCAAUUCUGUUCCAAUUGGAUAUGAUUUAAAUUUAAUCGAACUGAAUAAGUACUGUAGGUAGAACCUUGGGCCUUACGAGGAUAGGUAGAAAAGAUAUACCUGAUGAAGAUAACAAUGCAACAAUGCUUUUAUGUCAAACAUAAUUCCACUAACAGAGUUUUGUGUAUUUAACAAAAGCUUCAAGUUUAAGCUCUAACCUCUCGUGUGCCGGGAUAAUUUUUUUUCUAAUAGUUUCCGGAUUUGCGGAUCCGCGUUCCGCCAUUCAAGGGCGAUACCUAAUAUAAUAUUCAUACUAUUUGUGUGAUGCAACUGGAAUCAAAAGUACAUGAAAUUUUAACGAUAUAAAAAUAAAACUCUAAAAUCUUUACAGGGCUGAAGUGUCAAAACUAUUUAGCUGAUGGUGAAGACAAAAACAUUGUUAUGUGAGCAAUAUGAACAAAUUCUUCAAUUACUUUAUGCACAUUGUCAAUUAUCAGUAAAUAUUCAUUUUUUAUUAGAUCCAUUCAUAUAGAGAGCAUAGCUAAUUAUUUCACAUUUUCAAAACAUAGCACCUCAGCAAAAGUGAGAAAAGACUUCAAUGCCAAGAGAAUUACAGUCAGAAAACAAAUGUUUUGAUGGAAAUCUUAAACUACGUCAAGUGUGGGUGUUAACACAUUUAUCAAUGCUAAAUUGAAUUGAUCAGAUAAUGAUUCCAUUUUCCUGGCAAUGUUCGGUCAGUGGUCACAUAAUAUAAUCAAAAUCAUAGUUUUUUUCUUUCCUUUUAUGUAGAGCCCGCCUAGAGUUAUAAACAGUUUGCUGUUGAGAAAUGAAGUUAAAUUUAUGGCAUAUAAGAGGUUAAUGUUGCUCGCAUGACAGGGCCUACAGAGAGUAUUGAAAAUCUGUUUCGUCUAUCUUCCUCUGUUGCUUGAAUAUGCAAAGUGACAGAAAAUUGAUGAUUUUUUAAUAUCUAUGUUAGCGGUAGACAGCAAGGAGAUAUCGAUGGUUUCAAUGGUGCAUUUAAUUAUAGUUAAUUUAAAAAAUUGUCCAUGUAGCUUUAAAGCCACUUUGAGCAGAGCACAUACUAAUCCAAUAUUUUUCAAUACAACGGGAGAGUUGCUCAAGCGAUGGAAAAUUCAGUAAAUUAUUGUCCAUAUUUUGCUUCAAGAGGAGGCAAACAUUUCUUUUUAUAAGUAAUUAUAUGCUGAUAAGGAUUAUUUUGUAAUUAUUAUAAUUAUUUUAAUAAAGAACGUACAUUUAAAAUUCAAGUAUUCUGUAAUGUAUGAUUGAAUUCAUUUGAAUAAAAAUAUAUAUUAAAAUGUUGCUAACUA